AAGAAUAUGCUACAUGUAACAUCGGAAAAUUGGUACCGUACAUUUAAUUUCUAAAAAUGAUCCACAUUGAUUUAUUCACUUGAUGGUAUUAGUAAACACAACAGAGGUAUUUUAGGUGAUUCACUACUUACCUACAAGGUACAGAUAACAUCAGUGAUUUCAUUCUGUGCUGGAUAUUCAACCAGUAGGUUUCAAAAGCACAUUGGCAAGCAUGGCGAGGGAGAUGUGUUUGGGACCAGGGAUUCAUAUUCUUUGUCUGAUUCUUCUUUUGGAAACGUGUGUAGGCCCUGUAACUGCAGAGUUUUCUUAUGUCGAUCUUGUCAUGAACUCUGCGGGCACAAUUCAAAAGAAUCUUCAACUCCAAAAGAAGCUAGCUCCACUGCUGCAUUCAGAGGAAUUCAGGAAUUGGACACAGCAAUUGAACAGCAGACAUACAUUGCUGCGAAUGGCAGCACUCUCUGCUGAAGAUAAUUUUACUUCUUACAACAGAACUGAGUUUAAAGAAACUUCUUCCGAAAAAGAUCUUAGUUUAUUAGACUUGAUUGGCCGUCUCAUUGGUAAUUCCACUUUGUUGAAUAGCGGCCUGCCCCCUUCUCUAUCCAGCCAAUCCAUGGGGAGUGCUAUUGGUCAGCUCUUGUCCAGCUUUCAAUCAACCACCACAGUCAACAGAAACAACACAGACGAAGGAAGUCCGUCUUCAGCAAAUGAUUUGAUACAAUCACCAAGAUACAACGGAGGCCUUCCAGAAUCUAUAACAAAUAUUCUCAGUAGUGUAUUACAAGAAAAUAAUAUGUCUCCAUCUGAGGCUAUUUUCGAACAAAUCAAAGGCGCAAUUGAGAAUUCUAAUGCUUCAGAGAGUUGCAAAGAAGAUGCAUUUAGAGUUUUUGAUGGUCUACAAACUCAACAGCCAUGGGCUUUAAGAAUGUUUGAUGCCUCAGCAAAGAUUCCAACAGAUUUGUUGAAUUUGAACAUCUUCUGGACAGGAUCCUAUGAUGAGUGUUACAGUGACAGUUCAGUGGUUGCAGCCCUCCUCCAUCCAAAGACCCGUCUCCCCUCUGUGAAACCACGCUUUUGCACUGUUCUUGUCAAUUUGCCUUUUGCAUUUGGAGCAGGUGGUGGGGGGGCUUUUGAUGCCAGUAAGUUGAAAAUAGAUACUUGUUUACCGAAGUCCUGUAGCAGUCAAGACACAAAAGUCCUGGCAAACCUUCUGUUAGGUUCUAUUCCUUCUGUGCGGAACUUUUCCUUUGCAGCUUCGUCUGCAUAUUGUCAACCAACUCCAGAGGAAGUGCCGUAUGAAACUAAGGACAUAGUCAUGAUGUGCCUGUUGUCAAUGUUAGGUCUUAUUGCUGUGGCUGGGACAGCUUAUGAAGUCAUUGUUAUGGAAUUUAUUCCAAAGUUUAAAAAUAGUCAAAAGCAUGAAACACCAGAUGAUCCCAACUUUUCAAACUUGGAUAGAAUUGAAUCUUCAAUCGAGAAGCCAUACAUCUUGAGACAUGCUAAUGGAGGAUCUUCAGAAAGCACACAAAAACAAAAUGUCAAAGAAAAUAUCAAAGAUGAUACACUGAAACCAAAACACAGAGAUACAAAAGAGAAGAGAAGUGUAGUUGCCAAGAUUCUGUUGGCCUUUUCCGUGUAUUCCAAUGGAAAGAGGAUCCUAAGCACAGCCCAACCAAAGGGAUCCCUGAAAGCAGUCAAUGGAAUUCGGUUCCUGAGCAUGUCUUGGGUGAUUCUAGGUCACUCCAUUGCCUUUAGUCUUCAAUAUACCUCUAAUGUGCCCAAUUUUGCCUCUGAAUUUUUGCAAAGAACAUCAGCCUCUGCUAUAACUAAUGCCCUUGUUUCAGUGGAUACAUUUUUUGUCUUAAGUGGACUGCUGACUUCAUAUCUCCUUCUUAAAGAAAUGAAGAAAAGCAAAGGGCGUAUUAACUGGUUUAUUUUCUACUUCCAUCGAUACUGGAGACUGACUCCCAUCUACAUGAUUAUGAUAGGAAUAUAUGCAACAUUGUUCAACCAUAUGAUAUUUGGACCAUCACGUCCGCCACCUGACACAUCAUGUGACAGGAAGUGGUGGAUGAACUUGCUGUACAUCAAUAAUUUUGUAGACAAAAGUGAAGACUUGUGCUUGGCAUGGUCAUGGUAUUUGAACAAUGACAUGCAGUUUUAUGUGCUAAGCCCAUUGCUGAUUGUACCACUUUUCUACAAGGAGCUGAUAGGUGUGAUUAUUUCUGUGGCUUUUCUGUUCGGGGUCACUAUCACAUCUGGAGUCAUUAGCUAUAAUUACAAGCUUCCUCCUUCUACACUUGGAGGUGGAGAUCCAAAUACAGAUCCUACCCAUUUUAUGACCUCGUACUACAUACGGCCAUAUUGUCGGAUGGGACCUUAUGUUUGUGGGGUACUGACUGGUUACAUUCUACACAAGACCAAAGGCAAAUACCAGAUAAACACUUAUAUGAAUUUGUUGGGUUGGGCCCUUGCUGCUACCUGUGCCAGUGCAGUACUGUACGGUUUGUCUGGUGCCUUCCGAGGGGAGCAUCUCCUUAGUGUUGAGGAGUCGGCCGUGUACAAUGCCCUCCACAGAAGUGUGUGGGGAGCAGCAGUAUGCUGGGUCAUUUUCGCAUGUGCCACUGGGAAUGGAGGAUUCAUAAACACGCUGCUGUCCUGGUCUGCGUUUGUGCCUCUCUCCCGCCUCACCUACGCCUCAUAUCUAGUUCACCUGAUCGUCAUGAAUGUCUUCAACCUCAGCAGAACAAGACCAUUCUACAUGACGGACUAUGCACAGGUGUACCUGUUCUUGGGCCACCUGUUCGUCUCCUAUGCUGUUGCCUUUGUCGCAUCACUGCUGUUUGAGUCUCCUUUUAUGGCUCUGGAAAAAAUUAUCUUUCCAUCUAGAGCUCGGAAAUAAUUUUUUGAUUGAUGACUUUCAUUUAUCUUUCUUUAAAUAGAAAUAUGAAUUUAAGUUAAAAAACCUUUGUAUCAACCUUUUUCAUACUAAAGAAAAGUGACAUAUAUAAAAUUUUAAUAAAUUUGUGUAAAAAAGAUUUCAAAUGA